AUGGCCUCCACCUCAGAGGACACCAUCACCUUGGCCGAUUAUAUCUUUGCAAGACUACACCAACUUGGCAUUCGGUCGGUGUUUGGAGUACCAGGCGACUACAAUCUUCGGUUGUUGGACUUCGUUGAGCCUGCAGGCUUGCACUGGGUUGGCAACUGUAACGAAUUGAACUCUGCAUACGCGGCCGAUGCAUACGCUAGAAUCCAUGGCACAAGUGCACUUAUUAGCACAUUUGGAGUAGGGGAGCUGUCCGCCGUCAAUGGUAUUGCUGGUGCCUAUGCUGAAAAGGCUCCCAUCAUCUCCAUCGUUGGGACGCCAGCCAGGGCUACGCAGGAGGCUCGUACCAGUGUACACCAUACAUUCGCCGAUGGUGAUUUCACUCGCUUUGCAGCGAUGCAUGUACAUGUGACGGUCGCUCAGGCAAACCUUUUGGAUCCUCGUACCGCUCCGGGACAAUUUGAUGUGACUGUGCAACAGGCCCUGAUCCACAGCCGUCCGGUAUAUAUCCAAAUACCAGCCGAUAUGGUGGAUGUGAAAGUGUCUUCGACAGGCCUCAAGUCCGACAUUUCUUUACCGCCAACAUCACAUGGAGACAACGAGUUAAGAGUCGGCCGUCGUAUCCUCGAACUCAUAAAUUCGGCUAAGAAGCCCAUGAUAUUCGUGGAUGGUGAGAGCAGGUGUUUAGACAUCCUCGACGAGAUUAACCAGCUUGUUAAGACUACAGGAUGGCCUGUAUGGACCUCGCCCUUCGGGAAAGGCUUGGUAGACGAGCAUCUGGAGAGCUUCCAGGGUAUCUACAACGGCGACUUAGGUAGCGAGAGCGCAAAGUUAUACUUCGAAUCCGCAGAUCUGGCUCUGGUUUUUGGCCCUCACUUCAGCAGCACAAACACUGCCUUAUUCUCAACCAUUCCAAAGCAGGCAGUCUCGGUUUCAUUCUCCGAACGUCAUGUCAAGAUCGGACAUGAGAUUACUCGCGAUGUGUCGAACAAGAAGCUCGUAGCGGAAUUGCUACAACAGCUAGACAGCAGCAAGAUCUCGAAACCUGAAGGUCCUUCGAAACCAGAUCGGGCACAACCAUCGGUUGAGUCGUCUGGAAUGCUCACUCAAAGGGAUUUCUAUCGUGUAAUCAACCCCAUGCUCAAGCCUGGCGACAUCGUCAUGGGCGAGACCGGUACAGCAUCCCAUGGCAGUCGUGAUCUUGUGCUCCCGUCUGGGAGUUACUACUUCACAGCUGUCACUUGGCUGAGUAUCGGUUACAUGCUACCCGCUGCUCUAGGCGCAGCGCUCGCCCAGCGUGAUUCGGAGAAGUGGAGACUUAGACCAGGCACCGCAAAUGCCUCCGAAGACCGAGUAGUGUUAUUCAUUGGCGACGGCAGUCUACAGAUGACUGUACAAGAGAUCAGUACAAUGAUCAGAGAGAAAUUGAAUAUUGUCAUUGUAGUCAUCAACAACGACGGCUACACCAUCGAGCGUGUCAUACACGGACGCAAGCAAACAUACAACGACAUUGCUUCUUGGAGAUAUCUGCAAGCACUCAACAUGUUCGGGGCUACCGACGAGGAAGUCGCGACCAACACCUUGUCUGCCAAAAGUUGGGGCGAGCUGAAGGAAGUGUUGAAAUCAGAUACGCUCUCGAGCGGGAAAGGCGUCAGGAUGCUUGAAGUAUUCAUGGAACGUGAGGAUGCUUCAGGUUUCUUGUUGAAGCUUCUGAACAAUCAGAAAGCUCGCGAGUCGGCCAAAAUUUGA